CCGUAUGUGACGUCUGUAUUUUUAGGGUCAUGACGGCUGUCUGCUGUCAUUCAUUUUGUGUACUGUACACACGACAAAAUGUCUUUCUGGCCGAGCAGUUUCUUCUCUCGCCACAUGCGUGAUGAUUCACGGAGCCUAAUGAACACUCUACCAAUAGACAAAGGUCUAACGAAUCGGCCUGGGCAGAACAACUGCUUCCUCAAUGCUACUAUACAAGUGCUGUGGCAUCUCGACGUAUUCCGAAGAAGUUUCAGGAAGCUCGAAGGUCACGCUUGUUUGGGGAAGUCCUGUACUUUUUGCGCUCUGAAGGUCAUAUUUACCCAGUACCAGCAUGGAGAAGAACCGGCCCUUCCACCAGAGGCCCUCAGAACUGCUCUUGCUACAGUCUUUGAAGGUGAGAGGAGAUUUCAGCUGAAUGUAAUGGAUGAUGCUGCAGAGUGCUUUGAAAAUAUUCUCAACUGUAUACAUUACCACUUGAACUGUGUUGACGAUGAAGACUCCUGUUCUGCUCCUCACUGCAUUACUCACGCAAAAUUUGCUAUGAAUGUCUUGGAGGAGUACAGCUGUGUUUGCGGACGUUUACAAGAGCCAAAAGUGUACACACAGAUAGUACAUUACAUCUCUGCUGCUGCUUUGGUGUCCUAUUCCCAUCCUGUAACUUCAGGCUCUCCAGGGUCGUCAUUUCCACCUCCUUCCUUUGGCAAACUUCUUCAAGAGGUUAGUGCUGUUGGAGAUUUCUAUCAUUGUUCUAAUGAAGGGUGCCGUUUGCCAUUGCAAUUGAGCAAAGCCCUGCUGAAUAAACCAGAAAUCAUAAGUAUUGGAUUGAUCUGGGACUGUGAUAAUGCAGAUGUUGAAUCAAUCAAGGCUGUUAUGUCUGUCAUUGGAACGUCACUUAAUCCUACAGACAUGUUUAAUAUGGCACCAGAGUUCACCAAGACGACUACAGCAUACAAUCUUGUGGGGAUUGUUGCAUACUACGGCAUGCAUUAUUCGUCAUUCUGCUUUCAUACUAGUCAGAAGUCUUGGGUUUACUUGGAUGAUUCUCACGUUCGAAAGGUGGGACCAAAAUGGUCUUCUGUUGUGAAUGACUGUUGCAAAGCUCAUUACCAACCUCUCCUCUUGGUCUAUGCUUCUUCCAAUCCCAAGUCUGUUCGUACAGACACAGCAAUGACAACAGUGACAAUACCAUUCUCUCACUUUCGACUGAAAAGUAGUGAGCUGUCGUCCUCUUUGUCUUCUGGUGAACACAGCCUCGACCACCAAGAACAAAAAUCUGUAGAGGAGACUAAUCAGGUGGACGACGCUAUCCCAAAAGCUUCAUUUCAAGAACACGAGUUGACUGAGAAUCAAGACAACAGCCCACUGCCUGUUGAAAGCAGCGGCGACCUGACGAACAUAUAUAGUGAUGCCAAAGAGUUUGUAACCAAAGCGCAGCAUUUUGAGACACUAGGCAACUUGGAUGCUGCACGUGACUGCUACUCCCAAGCCACAGAUCACUACACUAAGGCAAUUAUGAUGUCACCCGUUCAUGACUCAUUACGAUUCGAUCAAAAAAUCAUACGCGACCGGUGUUUUCAACGUUCACGAAGCCUCUCCCUCAAACUGGGAGUGCGCAGACAGUCAAGUCUGGAGUCACCCUCCGCCAUUCCAUCCAUAUCCCACACAGACGACAGCGGAGCAACUGCUUACAUUGCUCAACGGCCAUUGCCGGUCGUCAGAGAGGGCAUGCUAAUCGAUCUGACAGAUGACGAUAGCAUCGGUGACUCUGGAAGUGACAGUCAAAUUGUGAUACCACAAACAGUCGCCCUUUGCAAGCAGUUGUGUCAAGAGGCAGACGAACUUAUCAAAGAAGCUCGAAGUCUAGAAGUCGUGACCAAUCUAGAGAGAGCGCUCGAUUAUUGUGCUAAAGCAUUCACGACCUACAAGAAGGCACUCAUGUUCUUACCACACGACGACCCGUUACGAACAGAAGUACAACAAAAGUGCGAUCUCUGCAGGAACCAAGCUCGUACUGUCCACAAAUCCAUUCAAAUUCAGAAAAAAAACGACAGCAACUUGAAACUACAAACACGGGAUGUGUCACCAGCUCCAACGUAUCGUGACGAAAAACUAGGCUCAAACAGAAUGACUGUGGGGUUGGAUUCUCAGUCUUCGAAGAGAGAGCAGUGUACAAAGUGUCAUGAAAUGGUACCCUGGCUCAGAGACGGGUUGUGCUCUCUUUGUCGUAUGAAGCAUAAAGGACAUAAGACAGCUCCUACCAGCAGUGCACAUAUGGUUAGAGCAGACAUCAGUGCUGCCAAUUCGUAGGUAUAUGUUUGUUUAUACCAGAAUGUAAGCGGUAAUUUUCACUGAACAUGUCGGUGGUAUUUUAGUGUAGCCAUUAUUGUUGUAUUAGAACAAGCACAAACUUUGUGCUGUUCUGAUGUUAUUACCGGUGGUAGGGAUUACAUACUAUGAAUCAAUGUUUGCAAAC